AUGUCGCCGCUCAUCAUACUGAUCGGACUUUUCUUGCUAUUCGCGACCACAGCCAGAGCCGCAGUUGUAGGCAUUGACUUUGGAACACUCAACAUCAAAGCUGCACUGGUCAAACCUGGUAUCCCACUCGACAUCGUCUUAACCAAAGACUCGAAACGGAAAGAGAUUGCUGCGCUGGCUUUCAAGCCCAAUCGAGACAGCAAAGGCAAGAUCGUGGCUGCGGCGGACACUUUUCCAGAGCGAGCCUAUGGAGGCGAUGCUCUGGCUCUACAAGGGCGUUUUCCAAGCGAAGUAUUUCCCAAUCUCAAGUUGCUGUUAGGACUACAGCCAGAUGAGGAAGGAGCGCAAACGAUAGCCACGUACAAGGCCCGUUAUCCUGCCCUGCAGGUAGAGCAGGUGAAAGAGCUUGGAACGACCGUCUUCAAGAGCGCGGCUUUUCCAGAUGAUACCUUUCCAUUCAGCGUCGAGGAGCUGGUUGGCAUGGAAUUGGCGAGCAUCAAGCGAAAUGCGGAGCAUAUGGCUGGCAAGAACAGUGUGGUAGAGGAUGCAGUCAUCACGAUACCACCAUUCUACACCGCCGAUGAGAGACGAGCCAUCGUGAACGCUGCCAACUACGCCGGACUAAAUGUAAUGAGCCUGAUCUCUGACGGAUUGGCAGUUGGACUGGAUUACGCCAAGACUCGCACUUUCCCAGAGGUCACCAAAGGCGAAAGCCCAGAGUACCACCUGGUCUUCGAUAUGGGUGCAGGAUCGACAUCUGCUACUCUCUUGCGCUUCCAGAGCAAAAGUGUUAAGGACAGUGGUCGCUUCAACAAGACAGUGCAGGAGGUCGCGGUCCAAGGUGUAGGCUACGACAGGUCUCUUGGAGGCGAUGCUCUGAAUCACAUCAUCCUCGAUGAGCUUGUCACAGAGCUCACGAAGAAGUCUGAUGUCGAAAAGAAAGGAAUAACAAGAAAGGACAUCAAGGCGAAUGGUCGUGCCAUGGCUCGUCUCUACAAGGAAGCAGAGAGAGCACGCCAAGUCCUCAGUGCCAACACUGAUGUCAACAUUGGCCUAGAAGAAAUUCUGCCAGAUGUCGACUUCCGUACAAAGCUUACAAGAGCGGCUUUCGAGAAGCUGGCAGAAGACUUCGCGGCACGUGUCGAAAUCCCCAUCACAAAGGCACUAAACAUGGCAAAGCUCAGCAUGAAAGACGUAAAGUCGGUCAUUCUUCAUGGUGGCGCCUUACGCACACCCUUUGUUCAGGCCAAGCUUGAAAAUGUGGUUGAUGAUCAAGCAAAACUCAGAAGUAGUGUCAACCCUGAUGAGUCGGCGGUGUUUGGUGCAGCAUUCAAGGCUGCAGGACUGUCACCAAGUUUCAAGGUCAAGGAGAUCCGCGACUCUGAUGUUGCAGUUUAUGCAACAAGCCUGACGUAUGUUGACAGUGGAAGCCAAACUCAGAACCCACUCUUCGAACCGGACUCGCCUGUCGGAUCUGGCUCCACCACGAAGCAAGUCAGCUUCAAGGACAAGCAGAACUUUGCAUUCGGAUUUGUCCAGAAUGUCGCCGGCACCGACCGACCAAUCUUGAGAGUGACCGCUGACAACCUCACCGAAACGGUAACUGAGCUCAACAAAAGGGCAGGAUGCCCUAAAGAUGAUAUGAACACGAAAUUCAGUAUCAAGCUUGGAGCUCACCAUGGAUUACCUGAUGUCAUCGCAGGGAGUGUGAGCUGCGAGACCGAUGAGACCGUUAAGAGCGGCACCGUGGGAGAUUCUGUGAAGGGCUGGCUUGGUCUCGGCAAGAAGAAGGAUCAAGAGCCCCUUGGCGAGGGCUUGGAAGAUGAUGGCCCUGUUGAACAAGUUGAGGCCACGCCAUCGUCUUCUGCAACGACCACCGGCACCAGUAUCUCGUCUGAGACUGCCAGCGCGGUACCCAAGAAGCGUGUAGAAGUGAUUCCACUCAAAUGGUCUACGUCACCAGAAGGACUUCCGCAGCCAGACCCAGCACAGCUGGCGAAGACAACGGACCGAUUGAGGGCAUUUGAUGAUUCAGACAGAGCUCGAUUACAGCGAGACGAAGCACAAAACGUGCUGGAGGCUUUCACUUACCAAGUCCGCGAUUUCCUUGACAACAAGGAGAACAUCGCAAUCAGCACAGAUGCCGAACGUAAACAACUCAGCGCUAAGCUUCAGACCGUGAAAGACUGGAUGGAGUCCACCGAUCUUCAAAAGGAGACCACCGCUGCAUUGAAGGAGAAGUAUCAAGAGCUGAAAAGCCUGGUCGAUCCUAUCAAGACCCGAAAGUCUGAGGGCAUUAGUCGACCAGGACUCGUCUCGACGCUUCAAAAGAACCUUGAUGAUACUAAGAAGCUGAUUCUCAAGGCUGAGCAGCAGGUGGAGAAGGCUAAGGCCUCUGCUUCUUCCGCAGCAUCGGCAGCAGCAUCGAGCGCUACUGCUGCGCCGUCAAGCGAUGUAGAUGACCUGGAAGAGCCAGAGGUCAGCACUGCUACUCCUUCGCCGAGCAGCGAGCCUAAUCCACUGGCAAGCCUAGACCUCAGCGAGAUCAACAAGACGUAUGAGGAGGUCUCGAAGUGGCUUAUUGAGAAGCUCGCUGAGCAGAAGAAACUUCAGCCAAACGACAACCCCGUACUUCUUGUCAAGGACCUCCAGCGCAAAGCGGCCGACAUGAAGAGAUCAAUGGACGACUUGGCUGCCAAGCUCAAAGGCAAGGGUCGACCUGUGAAGGGAGACGAGAGUAUUGAAGACAUGCUCAACUGGGCCAAGAAAGGCGACCAGAAGCGUGAUGAGUUGUAA